AUGACACCGAAUUCUGAAUUAAUUAAUGAAAAUAACGAUGAAAUCAGUAUUUGUUGCGGACGAAAACACUAUCAAAAACCACCAGACAAUGACUAUAAUAGUAAUGUACAAACGGAGAGAUCAACAUCUGAUACCGUUACGCAUAUUAAUAUUGAGAAAGAACUUUUUCUCUGGUUGAUCAUAGCAGGUCGACGAGAUUUAGCAUUACUAUUAUGGUCUCGGGGCAAAAAUAAAAUUUGUGAAAAAAAUGAUAAUAGUUAUUAUCAAUCGGCCGAUGAAUUUGAAAAUUUAGCUGUACAAACUAUAUUUAGGGAAAUUUGCACCCCAGAUUCAGUUCAAGUACGAUUAUUAUCAGAUGUAGCUGACUCAAAGAAACCUCUUCUUCCGUCUGUCAAUACUGGCCGUUUUAACAAGUGCAAAACUAAAAUCGCUCAAUAUUUUUCCAAUAUUGGUAAAUUUGUACAUGCUCCAUAUAUUAAAUUUCUUUAUAAUUUAUAUUUCCAUGUGAUAUUUUUAUUUCUUUUCUCCUAUUUAAUAUUAUGUGACUUUUUUCCACUCUAUGAUUUUCAAGAAGAUAAAUGUGGAUCAUCUCAAGAUUCAAAAGCUGUUAAAGACUCUGUUACUGGCAAUGAUAAUAAUCCAUCAAUUAUAAAUCAUACAUCAAGUGAUAAUCAAUAUAAUAUUAGUAAAUCAAAGCCAUACGGAUUUCAGCGACGUAAUAAACCGUCUAAUAUUGAAAUUCUACUUGCCAUAUGGGUUUUUACAUUGGUUUGCGAAGAAAUUCGACAGUUAUGGUCAAUUCAAUCACAAUCAAAAAGAAAUCCAAUAAUGACUUAUUUAAAAACCUUCUGGAAUAAAUUAGAUGUUUUAUCUAUAAUAUUAUUUUUCGUUGGUUUUAUACUUCGUUUUAUUCCCGUAGCAGAAUGUUUUUGUGCAGCACGUAUUGCUCUAUCAAUUGAUCUAUCACUUUGGUUUAUACGUUCAUUGGAUAUGUUUGCUUCUAUAAGACGACUUGGACCUAAACUUGUUAUGAUUAGUGAAAUGGUAAAUGAUAUGAAAUUUUUUGUAUUCGUAUUCUUUGUAUUCAUUAUGGCAUUUGGCAUACCAUUUUAUGGAUUAGUACAUGGUGUAAAAGAAUUUUCGUGGCAUAUGCUACGAGAAAUUGGAAGUAUUGCGUAUUGGCAAAUAUUUGGAGAAUUAAAAGCUUUAGAAACAGUCGAAAAUAAUUAUGAAGCAACGGGUUACGCAGCAUCUAUUUUACUAGCAGCCUAUAUGUUUAUUCUUACCAUACUCUUGGUUAAUCUACUUAUUGCUAUGUUCAGCAAUACAUUCGAUCGUCUUCAUGUUAAUACAGAUCGUAUCUGGAAAUUUCAACGAUAUUCAUUAGUGUGUGAAUAUUUAGCACGUCCAGCAUUUCCACCACCUUUUAUUUUCUUUUCUCAUCUUUGGCGAUUGACAUUAUAUAUAUUGGCACGUUGGCGUAAAUCAAAGUUUAUAAAAGCAAAAUAUGCACAAAAUGUAGCUGGAACUGAAUACAAAAUUUCAUUGGAUGAAAAAAAAUCAGCAAAUAUUGAAAUAGUUGAAGAUGCCCUUGGUGAUGAAGUUUAUUUUAAGUUUUUAAAAACACGACGACAAUUGGUUGAUGAUGCUGACCUCGACGAUGAACUACCUCGUAAUCGAACAGCAUUUGUUGAAUUAUUUCUUGACCAUGAUUCUUCAUUAAUGAAUAUAUUUAAUUUUCCGUCUGAACUUCGUGAACUUUAUAUGAAUACUGAUGAAAUGAAAGAAUAUCAUGGUUUAUUAGAAGAGUCCGAUACCCCGCUACGAGUCAUACAUGAAGUAAUCCAACAAUUUGUAGAAGAUCGUUUUGAAAUUACUGAUAUACUGUCUCCAGCAAGUAUGACACCGAAUUCUGAAUUAAUUAAUGAAAACGACGAUGAAAUCAGUAUUUAUUGUGAACGAAAACAUUAUCAAAAACCACCAGACAAUGACUAUAAUAGUAAUGUACAAACGGAGAACCCGUUUAAACGCAGUUUUGACCGUUCAUUGUCUGCCUGGGUAGCUUUAGAAUGGGAUCGUGAGGAUAUAGCUAAAGAUUUUGUGAAAAAUGCUGCAGACUUAAACAUUAAUUUACGUGAAUUAUUCCUAUUGGCACUCAGGCGUAAUCGAACAGCAUUUGUUGAAUUAUUUCUUGACCAUGAUUCUUCAUUAAUGGAUAUAUUUAAUGAGCCGUCUGAACUUCGUGAACUUUAUAUGGAUACUGAUGAAAUGAAAGAAUAUCAUGGCUUAUUAAAAGAGUGCGAUACCCCGCUACGAGUCAUACAUGAAGUAAUCCAACAAUUUGUAGAAGAUCGUUUUGAAAUUACUGAUAUACUGUCUCCAGCAAGUAUGACACCAAAUUCUGAAUUAAUUAAUGAAAAUGACGACGAAGUCAGUACUUGUUGUGGACGAAAGCAAUAUCGAAAACCACCAGACAAUGACUAUAAUAGUAAUGUACAAAUGGAGAGAUCAACAACUGAUACCGUUACGCACAUUAAUGUUGAGAAAGAACUUUUCCUCUGGUCGAUUAUAGCAGGUCGACGAGAUUUAGCAUUACUAUUAUGGUCUCGUGGCAAAAAUAAAAUUUGUGCUGCAUUAAUUGCCAAAUUAAUAUAUCAAAUUCAUGCUCAUAGAAAAAAUGAUAAUAGUUAUUAUCAAUCAGCCGAUGAAUUUGAAAAUUUAGCUAUACAAAUACUUGACAAACUUAAUCAAACAAAUGAUGCACUAUAA